AUGAUGCUGCCGUGUGACAUUGUUUCAUCACUUUGUUCCUGGACUAACACUCGUGCUACUCAUCAUUUUCGUGACAAUCCUACCAGUGAUCCACACAGAUUUAUUGGUAGGACGUGGGUCAAUGUGACAGAAGAUGAAAUGUAUGUGUUUCUUGCUCUGCAGCUGCUCAUGGGGCUCAACCCUCUACCCAGUAUUGCUGAUUACUGGGCUCACAACAUACUGUGUCAGGGACCACCUGUGUUCACAGGACCUGUAAUGAGUCGCAACAGGUACAUGCAAAUACUACGCUUCCUUCGGUUCUCAGACCCUGAUGGCGUUCGCAGAGGCGUUCCCAUGACUAGACUUGAUGCAUAUUUCAACAAGCUGCGUGAAAAGUGCACCAUGUACUUGGACCCGGGUGAAAACUUCGCUGUGGAUGAGGCUCUUCUCUUGUUCAAGGGGCGUAUUCAUUUCAGACAAUACAUAAAAACCAAGAGAAAGAGAUUUGGGAUGAAACUUUUUGCACUGUGCCCCAGUUCUCCGUGUACUCGAGGGUACACAUGGAAUUUCUGCCUAUACACUCCUACCUUGUUUGACGAGAUGAACCAGGUGGGUGACCUUGCUAUGCUCAACAAGUCUGAGCGCGUUCCUGUGUAUUUGAUGGGCUCAUUACUGGAUGAAGGAAGACAUGUUGUACUUGAUAAUUGGUACUCUUCUCUCCAGCUGGCAGAAUAUUUACUGAGAAGGAAUACACUCACUACAGGAACAAUUCGGGCUAAUAGAGGAGUGCCUGAAAAUGUUACCUGUCAAAGACUUGCCAAGAAACAGGCUGUCUUUGCAAGGAGAGACAAUGUACUUGUGACAAAAUUCAAUGACCGCAAAGUUGUUCAUGUCAUGACUACAAAGUAUGAAGGUGGUUUUGUUGAAAAGACCCGUCAUCUUAGAGGUGGUGCUGUAGAGAUGGUAAAGAAACCCACAGUAAUACAGCACUACAAUGAACUCAUGGGAGCAGUUGAUGUUGUGGAUCAAUUAUUGGAGCCAUACGACCCAACAAGAAAAUCUACAGCCUGGUUCAAGAAAGUAGGGAUUCAUAUGGUGUCAAGAAUGGUGCUCAAUGCCAGAGUUAUCUACCAAAUACUCCACCAGUCUCCUAAAUCUAUAAGUGUGGUUCACUUUAUAAAAACUCUGGCUCAUGAAAUCCUGUGUGAAUGCAGCAUUGGUUAUAAUGUUCUAGUCCAGAUGCAGAAAGAAAGCAAGCCUCCUAAAAAGAAUCGAAGAACAAGCCAGCCUCCACAACCACUGCCACAUUCAAAUGUAGCUCCACAGCCACUGCCACAGGCAAAUGUAGCUCAUGCGUUGCUACCAAUUCCAGCUACAGAUAAGAAAAAGCGACCACAACGCAGGUGCAGAGUGUGUAGUGCUGAUGGAAAAACCAAGUGGGCUCGAAAGUACUGUCCUGCUUGCAAAGAACAACCUGCAUUAUGUUCGAAUGAACAUUUCCAGGCUUACCACUGA